ACUGAAUAACAAUGUUAGUUGACAUAAUCACACACAUUAUUAGUGAGCACGCACCCACACACAAUGAAUCUAGCCAUUCAAAACCAUGUGACCGAAUGCCUGUCUCUGAACGAGCAAGCAAAGCGACAUUGAUGGUUUUAUCGCCGAUAGUUUACUGAAUCUGAUACAGAUCUGCCCCUAAAGUUAUAAGAAAACAGAUCAUCUUAACGCUCUGUGCUCCAAUCCUGCAACAGCAAGAGGUGCUUCCCAUAUGCCUAGCUAAUGCAAGAUAAAGAAGCACUAAUAAUCUCCAAAGGACAUCAUCUAACACAAGGAGCGGAGUGGUGGCCAGUGGCUGUACCCCCACGCAAGCUGCCCACUGUGCCCUGCCUGACCAGGGCAGGGCAGGUUGUCCUACGCCAAAGGUUUGAAUAGAAAUGUAUCUCACAGCCAGCCACAGCUCAAACAAAUUCAAUUCAAUUCAAUUUAUAGUGUGAGUCCAACCAAAACCAGCUUGGUUUCUUUGCUUGGAGGUCUUGUCCUCUUAAGAGGUGGUCAGCCAGCCAUGCCAUUCAAUGAGACAGGCCUGACAAACCCUUGAUUGUGUUGAAUCUGAUAUCAAGGAAAUAGCUGGGGCUAGCGUACUCCAUAGUGAAUGACAAUAAGAGCACACAGCCCAUGCACCUCACAUGUCAUAUCUCAAAGAGAUCUCUAUCUCAAAAGACCCCUACUGCCCUGAACAAGUUAUUGCCUACCAGCUACCCCAGGUGGACAACAGGUAUAAGAAAUAGUACCAAUCUAUAUCAUCGGUCCCAAGGGAACCUCCAUGUCCAUACAAGUUACAAAUGGGAUGGACUCUUGCUGGAAAUUGAGUUUCUGAAUUAACAAGCCACGACUUUCUUGCACCGUCCCAAGGCCAGAUAGAAAUUGGGUGUCCAACACAGCGCUGCAGCUAGCACCAGAAACCUGGACCUCUGUAGUAGGUAGGUUAAAAUGAGGAGUUAAGGACAGUGGUCAUACUACAUCACACUGCAUAGGCCCCAACCACCCAGGCACAUGGAAAGCAAUGGUGAGGCCUACCCAACUGCACCCCCCUGGAUGGCUGUGAUUAGGCCACAAUGGCCAGGCACCAACUUUUAAGUACCACCACCUGAUCAUUCCUCAUCAGCUACACUGGAACCAUAUAUUCUAACCUUAGCCCCUUUGAAGACCUUUCACUUUGAUUCUUCUUGUCUACCUAGGUUAAAAUACUGGUUCUACCCACUUCAAGAUCAAAUGCACAAGUCCUCCUUACGUAAAUGCCAAUACAUUAUGUGCAGGUGCAGGCACUAGCUAGACACCUCCAAGCUGUGUAAAGUUCUACUUGGGAGGCUAUAUAUGCCUAGCUAUGACAUAUGCAUGGUUCUCUACACAACACACACCACCAUCCUAUUCCUGCCUCGCUUCCUCUUCUCUUCUCUCCACUGCCCAACUUUUGCCAUAGACAAGGAAGAACCUCUAGGUAGCUUUCCUCCAGAGCAGCAAUGGCCAUGCACUCUCUCUCCCAGGGGCACCCGCAGGCCUGGCCAUGGGGGGUGGCCAUGUACACCAACCUACACUACCACCAUCAGCACGAUAGGGAGCACCUGUUCGAGAAAACCUUGACGCCCAGCGAUGUAGGCAAGCUCAACAGGCUGGUGAUUCCCAAGCAGCACGCGGAGAGGUACUUCCCCCUCAACGGCGGUGACUCCCCUGGCGACAAAGACCUGCUCCUGUCUUUCGAGGAUGAGGCCGGCAAGCCGUGGCGGUUCCGGUACUCGUACUGGACGAGCAGCCAGAGCUACGUGCUCACCAAGGGCUGGAGCAGGUACGUCAAGGAGAAGCAGCUUGACGCGGGACACAUCGUGCACUUCGAGAGGGUACGCGGCCUUGGCACAGGCGACCGGCUCUUCAUCCACUGCAGGCGCCGUGGCGAGAGCGCGCCGCCACCACCUGUCCGCGUACCUCCGCCUGCUCUGAACGCCGGGGAGCAGCAGCCUUGGAGCCCGAUGUGCUAUAGCACGUCAGGAUCAUACCCUACCAGCCCUGCCAACUCCCACGUCUAUCGCCGCUCCGUGGAGCAAGAUCACAGCGACAUGCUGCAUGCAGGUGACUCGCGGAGAGAGGCAGACGCCAAGAGCAGCACGGCAUCGGGGCCGCCGUCGAGACGUCUCCGGCUGUUCGGCGUCAACCUCGACUGCGGUCCGGAGCCAGAGGCAGAGGCAGCAACGCCAAUGUACGGCUACACACACCACAGCCCCUACGCUGCAGCAGUGGCCACGGUGCCAACUUACUGGGGCAGUUCAUAAGAUGGUGAGGUCUGAAGCCAUGCUCGAGUAUCCUAACAACCAGCAGUGAAACUAGUUACUACCAGCCAGCCUACUAAGCUACUCUGAACUGAGUGACAGGCUUGAAUUGACCCUUGGAAGGAAAAGGAAGAGGAAGUGGAAGAUCCCUUGUUUCCCGGGCAAUCUUCCUUCCACCCACAGAGUGCCCUUUUUUCUAUGUUUUCUUUCUUCUGGUCUUCCAGAGACCCUACUCGAUCGCAUCGCAGUACGGGGCCCUUAGCAGGUGGCAGGUUUCAGGAAACAUCAGGUUGAAAAGGAGAGGGAGUAAGAGAGAUAGAAGGAUGGUGACACACAUGAAAAACAAAAGGACAUGCUUAGCAAGCAUGUGUGUAUGUAUGUGUCAUCUGUAUGUACUGUGUCCAAGAACAAACUAUGAAGUUGAUGUAUCCACUCCAGCCUCCUCAAGAAACAAAUUCAUAUCCCCCAUGGGCCAUGGCCAUGGGGAUUUUGUUCUC